GUGGCAUAUGUAAUACGUAAGUUGCUGCUUGCAGAAUCAUUUGUCAGAGGUUAUUGCUUCAGAUAAAAUUAUUGAAGAGCAGUAUUCAUUAAACUGUGGAGUAGUGUAGUACAAAAAUGAGAGUUUUUCUGUUUUGUGUGCUUGGUAUCCUCUUGAUAGCAGGAUUUUCACGUGCAGAUGAUGAUGCUGCAGAGUCAGCGACAGAAACUGUGGACGUUGACAUUGGAUCAAGUAGAGAAGGAUCUAGAACUGAUGAUGAAGUGGUGAAAAGGGAGGAAGAAGCCAUAAAACUUGAUGGACUGAAUGUGGCACAAAUAAAAGAGCUACGGGAUAAAGCAGAGAAGUUUGCAUUCCAGGCUGAAGUAAACCGGAUGAUGAAACUGAUUAUUAACUCUUUAUAUCGUAACAAAGAGAUCUACCUCAGGGAGCUUAUAUCAAAUGCUUCAGAUGCACUGGACAAGAUUCGUAUCCUGUCACUUACUGAUAAAUCAGUUCUGGAUGCCACAGAUGAAUUGUCUAUCAAAAUAAAGGCCGAUAAAGAUAAUCACAUACUGCAUAUCAUUGACACUGGAAUUGGAAUGACCAAAUCUGAUCUGGUGAAUAAUUUGGGAACGAUCGCAAAAUCCGGAACGGCAGAUUUCUUAAGUAAGGUGCAGGACGCGGCAACGUCGGCUCAAGAUAUGAACGACUUGAUCGGACAGUUUGGCGUUGGAUUUUACUCUUCGUUCUUAGUUGCCGAUCGCGUGGUUGUGACUACAAAGCACAAUGAUGACAAGCAAUAUAUAUGGGAAUCGGACUCGUCCGGCUUCAGUAUCGUCGAGGAUCCGCGCGGAGACACGCUGAAACGAGGCACCGAAAUCAGUCUUCAUCUGAAGGAAGAGGCGUAUGAUUUCGUGGAAACUGAUACGCUGAAGAAUCUUGUUAUGAAGUACUCCCAGUUCAUUAAUUUCCCCAUUUAUCUCUGGAACAGCAAGACCGUAAAGGUAGAAGAGCCUGUCGAAGAUGAUGAUGAAGCGGACACCAAGGAUGAAACAGAAUUGAGGGCUGAUGAAACAGAUGAAGAAGAUGAUGAUACCAAAGUUGAGGACGAUAAACAGGAAGAAAAAUCGAAGACCAAGACAGUAGAGAAAACUGUGUGGGACUGGGAGGUUCUGAAUGACAGCAAACCGAUAUGGACGAGGAAGCCAAGUGAAAUUAGUGAUGAUGAAUACAAUGAAUUCUACAAGUCGCUGACAAAGGAUCGUAAUGGUCCGUUAACUAAAGUUCAUUUUGUCGCUGAAGGAGAGGUGACUUUUAAAUCCGUGCUGUUUGUACCGCAGAACCAGCCAGGCGAGACUUUCAACAAAUAUGGCAGUAAAACUGACAACAUUAAGCUGUAUGUGCGACGUGUGUUCAUCACAGACGAGUUCAACGACAUGAUGCCCAACUAUCUCAGCUUUAUACAAGGAGUAGUGGAUUCUGACGAUCUUCCUCUGAAUGUUUCUCGUGAGACACUGCAACAGCACAAGCUCAUUAAGGUCAUCAAGAAGAAACUGGUACGCAAAGCCCUCGACAUGUUCAAAAAGAUGGAAAAGGCAGAUUAUGAAAAGUUCUGGAAGGAGUACUCGACUAAUAUCAAACUGGGAGUGAUCGAGGAUCCGUCAAAUAGAACGCGUCUGGCCAAACUCCUUAUGUUCCAGUCAUCAAAUCAGUCUGGCUUGACUGGUCUGUCAGAUUAUGUCUCGAGAAUGAAGGAUAAGCAGGAUUACAUUUACUACAUUGCUGGAUCAAACAGGAAAGAGGUUGAGAACUCUCCGUUUGUGGAGCGACUGCUAAAGAGAGGUUACGAGGUGUUGUAUUUGACGGAAGCAGUGGACGAAUACUGUAUCUCUGCUCUUCCCGAGUUUGACGGAAAGAAAUUCCAGAACGUUGCCAAGGAAGGUUUUACUCUUGCAGAUGGAGGCAAGGCUAAGGAGAAGUUUGAGAACUUAAAGAAACAAUAUGAACCACUCACCACGUGGCUCAAUGACGAAGCUCUCAAAGAUCAAAUUUCGAAGGCAACUUUGUCGGAAAGGCUGUCAGAUUCGCCCUGCGCUCUAAUAGCGGGCAUGUUCGGGUGGACUGGCAACAUGGAAAGACUAGCAAUUUCCAACGCUCACCAGAAAUCUGAUGACCCACAGAGAAGUUACUAUCUUAAUCAGAAGAAAACUCUCGAGAUUAAUCCAAGACAUCCUCUCAUUAAGGAACUUCUCAGACGGGUGGAGGACGAUACUAGCGAUCCCACUGCAAAGGAUAUAGCACUUAUGAUGUUUAGAACAGCCACUUUACGGUCAGGCUACAUGCUGAAGGAUACGGCAGAUUUUGCGGAGAGCGUGGAACACAUGAUGAAGAAAACUUUAGGCAUUUCCUUGGCAGAACAACCCGAGGAGGAGGAGCAGGAAGUAGAAGAAGAGGAGACUAAGCCAGAAGAUGAUGACGUCGAUGCAGAAAAAGACGAUGAUGAUGACGACGACGACGAUUUUGCGGCCCAUGAAGAACUGUAAGAUGUAGAGGGCAAUCAGUAAGUUCUGAAAUACUGUGUUGCGCUAAUAGAACAAUCAGAAGACUUGUGUUAUUGUGAUAUGGCCAUAUACACGUUACCUCUGAGUUCCAGCGGAACAGAAUGAACGUGAAGUGCAUUUUAUACAGGACAUUGACGUGAAUUAAAUGUCAGUUUGUCAAGGCGUACGUCUGGAAUCUGAAACUGAGAAUUGACAAUAUGGGGUCCGCUGCAUAUGUUUUUAUAGUCCGUGAACAAACUGCAGUACAGUACGUCUCACUUAAGUUGCGUCUGCUUCUUUUGUUGAGAAACGUUCCGUCUAGUUUCAUCUGUCUUAACUAUAAAUCGCCAAAACAUGAAGUGAAUUUGCAGUUUUUUGAAUUAAUGUUUGUGUAGAGUUGGGAGUUGAUUAUCACGAUUUAAUCUUUCGGAGAAUGCGCAGUUGCCAAAAUUGCUGCUGUUUUCAGUUGUUAAAUGUUUGAAAUUUCUCAUGCUAAUAAUAGUUGUUCACAAUUCAUAACAAAGCUGUUUUCAUUUGAUGUUACUCGGUCGUCGGCAGAAGCAGGAACAAGAAAGAGGUUACUUUGCAUUAGGCUUUUGUUUCUUCAUUUCUGUGAAGCCUGGGUCAAAGGUAAUCAGAGGUAAUAAAGUUGUAGUCAAUAUUUAUAGUAUAUUUCCAACACAUUUAACGUAAAUGAAAAUGAAACGAAAUACCGUACCUACAUAAUGACGUCACUGGAAGGACGUCAACACUUGUGUACUUUAUUUAUGAAUAAGACGAUGCUGAUUAAUUCCCUGCGUCUGUUCGUUGCCAAAUACGGACAAUGCAAGUUAGGAAAUUUUGUCUUCACGUGACAUUUAUUUUUUUCUGCAUGUGUACCUAUUUUUCGUCUCGGUCUGGGACAAGCAAAUUUGAACAAUUCUGUUGAUAAGUCUGAAUGAAGAAUGGCGUGUUUAACGGAGCAUAAGUUUGCUACAUUAACAAGUGCGAGUCUGACUCUUAAUUUGUGAGGGUUGUUCUGAAUGUCAUUAAAAUGUGAAUAAAUUUCUUUUUCCAAUUUAAAA